AAAAGCACCUAACAAAAUUAAGAAAAAAAUCGGAAGCAAAGAUGGCAGACUCUAUAAAAUAUAGCCAUUUACUUUAAAUAAAAUAUUGUAUAAAUCAAUAUUUGGAUACAAAUGAGUUCAUAUUCGACUAAGAUAAGUGCUUCUGAUGGAUCACUACAUCCUCAUCCAGAUGAAAAAAAUAAACAAUGGCAAAGAGAAUUUUUAAUGGAACGUUUACGUUCCCACUGCGCGCAACAUAAAACUUUUCCUGAAUUAUCAAAAGCCAUGCGAAUGUCUAUGCUGGAAAAACGAUAUGCUUUAGAUGCCGUUGAGAAGUCAAAUUUACAAAAAUGUCUUGACAGCAUGCAACAUUGCAUUAAAGUUACUACACGACAAGGUUUAAUCGAGCGUUUAGAUAGUUUGUCGCGUCAACUUGGUUUAAAAUUUAUGGAAGAUGCGGCAGGAUUAUUUAUAUAUUCAGAUAUGUUUUUUCUAGAAAUAAUUUUAGAUCCUAAUGAUGGUAAAUUAAAGGAUGUGAAAGUGCAUCACGAGUGUAAAAUUGAGCAGCAAUCUUGUAGUGAAUUAGUUACUUGCCUUAUAAAUGGAGACUUCGCUGAUUUUACAAAUCAGUUAGAAGGUUUAUCAUCUAUAUAUCAGUUAAAUGCUGAACCAAAAGUUAAAAGCAAAGCUUUUGUGGCUUUACAAGCAAUGGAAAUAGAUUUAUACAAUCUGUUUAAAUGGAAAAGCUAUAACAAAGAUAUUGCAUCUUUAGUUAUUGAGUCUCCAGUCGGUUUGGCACAAAAACGUCGUGGUGGUCAUCCAAUGAAACUGAUAUAUUUUAUUUCACCAUAUGACUUAAUAAACCUAGAAACAAAAUCAAUUAUUCCACUUACACUGGAAUAUUUGAAAGGCAAAGAUAUUGGAAUGAGUGUGACUGUCAAUUUAGAAGCUUCAUCAACAAAUAAAUUACAAAUACUGCCAAGUGUGACAUUUUCAUCAGAAAAUAAUUGUCCGAUAUAUUCGCCAUUAAAUCAAAAUAACUCAACCUUACUACCAGCCACAUUUGUUUUAAAACUCAACAAACCACUUCCUGUGUCCGAUGCAUUAAUGUCAAUAAUAGGUGUAUCUACAAAAUCUGAAGAAUCGCAAUAUUUGAUGAGUUUAGCCGUCCAGGUGGCAUCUAAAGGAGUUAUUAAAAAUACUGCAAAAGGUUUAUUUGUUACACUACCUGACCAAAAUCAUUGUUAUUAUUUUACCGAAAAUAAAAAAAUAACGGGGUCAGUUAUAACAAAUGUUCCAUAUACCGAACCAUCCCAGGUACCGAAAAUUUUAACAGCAUUAAAACAUCAGGCUUUGUUUUUCUCUCUAUUAUCGAGUUGCAUUCGAACCGGAGAUAAGCAAUGUAAUUUAGAAUCAACAACAAUUUUGGAAGUUAACGCAUUGUCAAUAUACAUGAUUUCUGUAGCUUUGCAACACCCUUAUGAUGAGUGUAUGGUCUCAGUAGAGUUCGAUUUAAGUGAUAUUGGAAAUAUUAAAGUUCAAAUUUAUUCAUUAUCUAAUAAUUAUGAAUCUGCCAAUGCAAGACUUACAAAAAUUGUGCAAACAUCUUUAUCUAUUCCAAUUACCAUUAGAUAUUUAUUAAAAUUAUGGAACCAAGAACAAAUAAAAGGCUUUAAUCGCAGUAGUCAGGACAAUAGUAGUUUUGAGUCUGGAUCUUUAUCGGGUGCAAUGGAUCAUCUAAAUGGGCAAAUAAGUAGAGGGCCCAGCGGCAAUCUAAUUGGAAAUGAUUUUCAAAGCAAUAAAUUAAGCAGAAAUGGUGGUGGAUCUGGUUUUUCCGACACAAAUUCUACAUUUUCUCAAGGACAAAAUAGGCAAUUUUUUCAUUCAAUUAAUUCAGGAUCGAAUUUAAAUUUAGUUUCUAAUGAUCUAAGUAAUAUGGGUGAUGGAAUGACAAAUAGUAAGAAUAUAAGUAAUGUUACAAGUGGAUUAGUAAAUCAAUUUCAUUUAAAAUCUGAAAAUAUCAAAAAGGAGGAUUUUUGUGAAAGCCCAAAGAGUGAUAAUCAAAUUAAAGCGUCAGAUGUAGACGAAAAAGUUUUCAAACUUAAUAAAGAUGCACAAAAUUUUAAAAUUUCAGGCAGUGACACCUCUUUGGGCGAGAAUGAUUCAGUAUCUAAAGUCACUGUGUCAAAGCCUUUGAAUAACAGUAGUUUAAUUAUUGAAAAAAUUAGUACUUCUGGCAACAAAAAUUCCGGAUGUAGUAAUAAUGUCGCAAAUAGUAAAGCAGAAAAAGUACAAUCAACGGAGUCUUGGAAAAAACAAAGUGGAAGUGACAGUAAAAAUACUGUUAGCAUAACCCCUGUACUUACAAAUUCUCAGUCAACUGAUUUAGUUAAUGUUAAAGCUGGAGUAGGAAGCAAUAGCAAUAACACUCUUAAAAGUGAUAAAAAAUCUGUUAUUGAAAUAAUACCAAUAAAAAAUAAUGCAGUUAGUAACACUAUUUCUAUUACACCGAUUCAAACAAAAAAUUCAGCAAAUAUUUCUGAAAGUUCCAAAAGUCUUUUUCAAACUCUCGCUGGAAGCGGGAAUAGCAAUAAUACUGCCGCAGCUACCUCCACCGGCACAAAGAAAAAAGUGGAUGAGAAAGAUUCCUUAAAGAUAGAAAAGAAAAGACGAAAAAAGGAUGGGUCCUCAUCAAGUCAUUCAACAAAUAGUAAGACAUAUGAUAAUAUAGAACUUAAAAUCAUAGAAAUUACUGGAGACGGAAAUACGUCAACUUAUAGGAAACUGUCAGACUCGUCAAAAACUACAAGUACUUCUCAAAAGAAACAAUCUCUAAGUAAUAUUCCAAGUUCUAGUAGCAAUAACCAGAAUAGCUCUUCCUCAUCUUCAAAAAAAAUAAGUACAAAAUCAUAUCCUAACAGCUCUAACUCUAAAAGCCCUUUGUCAUUUGGAUCAAGCAGCGGUAGUCCGAAGAAUAAACAUAAUUUGACAUCUGGUAAACCAAGUUUAACCACAUUGAAAAGUGCCACAAAUGUUUCUGAUAGUAAGGAAUCUUUUUCUUUAAUUAAACUUAACCAACAAAUAUCAGAUACAAACCAACAGAAUCCAUAUGAUAUAUUUGAUAUUGAAGAAAGUGAUGUCUUUGAUUUUACAACUUCCGCAGAUUAUAUGUCUUCAUUUCCUAGUCCGCAAAGCAGAAUACGAAAAAGUUCUUUGACAGCAGUCAUUGACAAACUGAAUAAACAAGUGAAAAAUUGUGUUACGGAUGAAAUUGGAGAAAAACUAGAAAAAAUGCACAAAGAAGCUCAUCAUUUGCAACCGACAAAUCUUAAUAUUGAAGAAAUAAAUUCGAAAUCCAAUCCAGAAUAUAUGAUUAAACCUAGUUCAGAUGGAAUGAAGCUCACAAUAAAUAAAACUAAAACAGAUUCAUCUUAUAAAAGGGACAAACCUUCCGAUUCACCUAGAAGUGGUAAUUCUUCGCCUAACAUCAAAAAACAUUUUGGUAUUCUUAGCGGAGGCAGCAACAGCAACCCUGGUAGUAGUUCUCCUAAAAAGCACACUGGUUUAAAACCAGGAGUAAGUUCGGGACCUGCAUCAAAAAAAUCAUUAGAAAAAUUACAAAAUCCUAAAUCAAAAAACACGGGACUAUCUAAGUCUAACUCUUCAGAUUGUCUGACUGCUAAGCCAUCUGGCAAUUCUACUCCUAAGUCUAAUCUUCUAUCAAAAAGCUUGAGCUCAAAUUCCCUUAGUAGCGAUUCUUCAGUAAGUAGUGUAGGUAGCAGUAGUAGUUCAGUACGUAAAGAAAAAACUUAUAGCAGUAAAAAUAAAUCUUUUAACAAUAGCACUAAUUCCAAUCGAUCAAUCAGUGAUCAACAAGAUUCGACGACAAUGAAAUUACUACAAUUUUCAUCCAACAAAAAUAUAAUGGAAGGUUUUAUAAAAUCAUUAGACACAAAUUUCCAAAUUCCAAAAUUAUCACAAAAAGUAACCGUACCUUCUACCACUUCUACUACAACGAUCAAUUCAUUACCUGUUGCUCUCCCAUCACAAAAUAUCGCUGCUACUGUAUCCGGAGAAAAUUCUUCAAAACGGAACAAUGGGCAGGAUCCUGUUAAGAAUCUUCCAAAUAAUGUUAUGAAUAAUUCAGCUUCUAAUAUAACUUUCCAGAAAAUUGACAAAAAGAAAACAAAUUUAGAUAAACCGAGUAAUCUGUCAGAAUUUAAUCAUAUACCAUCAGAUUUAAUGAGAAAAGAUUUAAAAAUUACACGAAAACCAAAUCCGCAACAAAAUUUUUCAGAUAUUUUUGUAAAUAAUUUGCAAAAAACUUCCCCUCCGUUGACGGCAUCUGCAACUACAUCGACAAAACUUUUAGACAAAAUGAAUCAAAGUUUUGCCAGGACACCUGGAAUUUCAGUUCGUUUAUUAAAAUCACCAGUGCCUUCUUCAGUUUCAGCUGCAUUACCCGUUGCCUCCAACAUAAGAAUAACCAAUUCACCAUGUUUAUCAACAGAAGAUGAAAUUAUGGACGAAGGUUUACUAGGUGUUAACUCUAAAUGACAAAUAAUAUUGUCAAGUUUUGUUCGUAUUUUUAAUGAAGCUCUAAUUAUAAAAUAAUGUGUCAAAUUUAUUUUUAUUGUAAUCUUUAAUUAGAAUUUAUUAAUUUUUAUAAGAAAAAUUAAAUUUAAGUUUAAAUUCAAGUUAAUGCAAUUUUUAAUGUUAGUGUAGAAAUUUAAAAGAAAAAAAAAACUACAAAUCCGUAGACACAAAUAAAAUGAAAAGGUGAAGUUUUGAUCGAAUUUCGGCAUGUUAUAGAUCAAAUAUUUAAAGUUUAUAAAUAGUAUAUUAUAAUUUAGCCUUUAACUUAUUUUUCAACAAAUUUGUUAUUUUUAUUAAAUUGAAAUUUCAAAUAUGUAUGGAAAAUUGCAUUGUAAGCUUAUUAUUUAUGUAAAUGUUUAUAAACUUGGUAGCCCAUAAUUUGGGUGGUUUAAAUUUCAAUUUGAUCUUUCCACAUUUUAUUAGAAUGAAACGUAUGAGGGAAUAAAAAUUUCGCAUAAAGUGAAUCUUGUAAUAUAUUUACCAAUGGAAAAUUCGCAAGCUGUAAUUGUUUAUCAAAACUUUAUCACAUUAGUAUUUAGUAAUAAAAUAUAUUAUUACUUUUAGUGACUUUUUUUUUAUUACAAUUAAAAAAUUAAAAAUUAAGUAACAAAAAGUUUAUCAUACUUAGGAUAUAUCUAUUUUAUUAAAUA